CAGCUCUCAGGUAGAUGUACGGUAGGUACGUAUUUUUCUCGAGGGCUAACUAGAGAAUUUCAGCGAUGAGUGUCUGCGAAUCUGUGAGCGAACUCUUUUCAGAGUCAGUUGAUAACGACAAUAUUUUUACACUCGGAGUCACUGUGGAUACAGGUUUCGAAUGGGAAGCGAUCGACGAAUGCAGGGAGAUAUUCAACAAAGAUGUUCGGGUGGUCAAACAACGGGGAAGAUUUUAUUUUAAUAUUGAUCGGGACCAGUUUCCAAAAGUUCAACAAAUGAGAUCGAUAGACCAUGUAUUCAUAGUAGCUGAUGAUGGAAGCUUAUCACUUACCAAUGACAAAGAAGCAGACUUACGGUAUAUAAGAAAUUUAGACAUGUUCUCAAACUCAGCUAAUAGAUGGAAGAAGACUCUCGAAGCAUGGAAAUGCAUAACAAAUUUCAAAGGAAAACUUUAUCCAACGAUCGAAGAAUACGUUGUGGCUAAAGAGCACGAUCUUGUAGCCAGAGCAAAGCUGUUGGAGAUGCGUAACAAAGAAAAAGAGGAAAAAGAUCCCCUCGAUUGGAACGUAUCGGAGAUGAAAGAAGAGAAAGGAAAAAAAAGGGGACAAGAUCCUUCAAAAUCUGACGAAAGUGAUGUACUUAAAUACAGAGUAACGUGUGAGAGAAAUGGCAAACAUGCGGUUGAAUCUAAGGAUGUCGCUACAGUUAUUGGAGAAGUGUUGCAGGAUAAAUUUCAUUGGAUAGUGGACUUAUCCAUGUAUCAUCUAGAAGUUGUCUGCAAAUUGAUAAAUGAUCAGCUAACAACGCAUUUUCGCGUAACACACAAAUCUAUGCAUAACAGAAACAUAAUAAAUUUUGGGCCAACUACUCUUAGAUCAACUAUAUGUUACAAUUUGCUAAAAUUAGCAAAUCCUAAGCCAGGAGAUAUAAUAGUAGAUCCUAUGUGUGGAGGAGGUUCUAUUCCUAUAGAGGCAACACUAGCUUAUCCACACUCGUACGUCUUAUGCGGCGAUAAUGAUUCUAGAGCUGUGGAUAGAACAAAGUCGAAUAUGGAUGCUUCAACAGUUGGAUAUAAAAUAGAUCUCGUACAAUGGACCGCUUCUAAAUUGCCAUUCAAAGAUUCUCUUGUCGAUAUUAUCGUUACUGAUAUGCCGUUUGGUAAAAGAAGUGGAAAUAAGUCAUACAAUAAGAUUUUUUAUAAGCAAUUUUUGCUAGAACUUGGUCGAACAGUAAAAUCAAACGGACGAAUAGUUCUACUCACAUAUGACAGAUAUAACUUUAAAGACGCUUUGAUGGCAGCUGGCGAUUUAUUCUGGGUGACUAAAAUAAUUGGUGUAAACAUAGGAGGCCUUCCAGCUGCAGUUUAUGUUCUAAACCGCACUCAAAUAUCUCGCGAUUGUUUCAAACCGCGGAUGGCCAAGCAAUAUAGUUAUCCGAAAGAUAAAUACGAUAAAGACUCAUCUCGAUCGACUGAAAAGUCUUUGACCAAUUAGAUGUUCUGUUUUCAUAAGUGUGAUAUAAAUUCAUAUUUUUGUACGAGGAAAUUAAUAAAGUUUAUUUACAUGUUUGGUAUGUAAU